UUAAUUGAUUAUUGGAAUGGUUUCAGGAGUGUUCUUUGAAAUAAAAGCAUGGUAGUACAAUUAAAUUUGUUGUGAAAUGGUAUUAUCCAGCGGAUGGUGGCCAUGGGUAAAGUUAAGGGAAAACUGCUAAACAGAUCAGAACUUUGAAAACUAAUAUUUUAACAACUACAUAUAAAGAAAUAAAGAUAUAAAGAUGCCUCCCAGUUCGGGAGAACUAUGGGGUCAUCAUUUGAUGCCCUCAACUAUUCAGGUGGACUGUUUAUUGCCAACGGGGAUCAUCAUUCAGGUGGAUGUGAGCCGUGAUGAAACACUUGAAAGGAUUAAAGCAGAUCUUUGGGUAAAGGCAAAACUUUAUCCUCUUUAUGAAAGACUAUUAGAACCUGCAUCAUACAUAUUUGUGAGCAUUACCCAAGAUGCACGGAAAGAGGAGUUUUAUGACGAAACAAGACGAUUUUGUGAUUUACGCUUGUUUCAACCUAUUCUGAAAAUUGUUGAACCAGUGGGAAACAGAGAGGAGAAAAUGUUAAAUUUUGAAAUAGGUGUAACCAUAGGUGUUUCUAUAAAUGAAUUUAAUGAAAUGAAAGACUUAGAAGUGAUGACAUUCCGGAGGAAUAUUUUAGAUAUUUGUAAGAAUGCAAUAGAAGAGCGUCAGCGACGGGGUAAGGCAAGCGAGGCCUUAUAUGCCUACCCACCAGAUAUAGAAUCAUCACCCAUUUUACCAUCACAUUUACAGACAAAAAUUAAAGAAAUGAAAAAUGAUGUAGUAGCGUGUGUUUGGGUUGUAUCAGAAGACAAUAGUCGUAGUAAAUUUAGUGUAAAAGUUUCACAUGACUCUUAUCCAAUUGAUGUUAUUGCGGGAACAAUACGGCGGAGAAGCAGAAUGAUGGGAAUUUCUAAGGAACACGCUGAACGUUGUAUAGAAGAAUAUAGUGACACUUAUGCACUUAAAGUGUGUGGUUGUGAUCAGUUCUUAUUAGAGGAGCAUCCAUUAAGUCAGUAUAAGUAUGUGAGAGAAUGUAUAGCAAGAGAUAAUAUACCACAGUUUAUGUUAUUAACAAAGGAAAGUUUAUAUGCAGCGAUAUCACCUAAUGUAUUUAUAACACCAUCAUAUACACAGAAAGGUAUGCAGUUAUUGACAGAAAUCAACCAACAAAAGACACUAUCCCUGUGGGAAAUUCAUGCCAAACUGAGAAUAAAAAUAUUAUGUGCCACUUAUGUCAAUGUAAAAGAACUUGGAAAGAUAUAUGUUAAAGCAGGAAUUUACCAUGGAACAGAAGCUUUGUGUGAAUUCCAAGAUACAAAAUUGGUUGACUCAAACAAUCCCCAGUGGCAUGAAUGGUUAGAGUUUUUGUACAUACAGGAUUUACCUAGAAGUGCUAAACUCUGUUUAUCUAUAUGCUAUACAUCCAAGAAAAGGAGGGAACCCUUAUCUUUAGGAUGGGCAAAUCUGCAGCUAUUUGAUUUCAAUGAUAGACUUAUGAAUGAAAAAGUUAGCUUGAAUCUAUGGCCGUUACCUCAGGGAAUGGAUGACCUGUUGAACUAUGUUGGUCUACCAGGUUCCAAUCCAGACCAAGAAACCCCAUGUUUAGAGAUAGAGUUUGACAGACUAAGUCAUCCUGUAUCAUAUCCUCCAGAGAAACAGAUAGAAGAUUUAGCUCAAUAUGCCAUCGGCAAAGAAUCACCCCUCAUUUAUCUGGACACACCACAAAUACAAACAAAAGAGCGAGCCAUGGUGGAUGACAUUACUAGUAGAGAUCCAUUAUCUGAAAUAUCAGAACAAGAAAAAGAUAUUCUAUGGAAAUUAAGAGAAUACUGUAUCCAAGUUCCUCAAUCUUUACCUAAACUACUGCAGUCAGUAAAAUGGAAUGAGCGGGAGUAUGUAGCUCAGCUAUACAUGUUGUUACGGCGUUGGCCUAGAUUGAUGCCCGAGUUUGCCAUGGAAUUACUCGAUUGUUCUUACCCAGAUCUAUGUGUUCGACAGUAUGCUGUUACCUGUCUGGACCAUGGAUUUUCUGAUGAUAAAUUACAACAGUAUAUGUUACAGUUAGUGCAGGCCCUGAAAUUUGAGCCAUAUUUGGACAGUCCCAUCACAAGAUUUCUCCUGAAGAGAGCUCUGCAAAAUCAGAAGACAGGGCAACUGUUCUUCUGGCACCUAAAGUCAGAAAUUCAUAAUACAUCAAUCCAGUUAAGAUUUGGGUUGGUUUUAGAAGCAUUUUGUCGAGGAUGUGGAUCAAACCUCAAGAUGUUACUCAGACAAGUGGAGGCUCUAGAUAAACUCACCAAACUUACAAAUAUGAUCAAAAAUGAAGUCAAAGAUGACAUUAAUGAAAUUAUGAAGUUUCUUGCAAACCAGUUACAGCAACCAGACUACCAAGAUGGACUGAAAAAUUUCUUAUCUCCCCUUGAUAACAGUCAUAUACUAGGGGAUCUAGAUAUUUCCCAUUGUUCAGUAAUGACAUCUAAAAAGAAACCAUUGUGGCUAGUCUUCAGCAACCCAGAUGUAAUGGCUGAUAUAUGGUUCACAGACUACAAACUUAUAUUUAAAAAUGGAGAUGAUUUAAGGCAGGACAUGCUUACUGUACAGUUAUUUAAAAUUAUGGACACUUUAUGGAAAAAUGAAGGAUUAGAUCUGAGGUUGAUACCAUACAGUGUGGUAUCUACUGGUAAAGAUGUAGGUGUAAUAGAAAUAGUACGAGAUUCCUCCACUAUUAUGAGUAUACAACAGAAGAAUGGUAUACGUGCAGCAGUACAGAUGGAUUCUCUAGGAUUAUACAACUGGAUAAUGUACCAUAACAAAGAUAGAGAAGAACAAGCUAUAUCAAACUUCACAAGAUCAUGUGCUGGUUACUGUGUUGCAACCUUUAUAUUGGGUAUUAAAGACAGACAUAGUGGAAAUAUAAUGGUCAGGAAAAAUGGACAGGUAUUCCAUAUAGAUUUUGGACACUUUUUGGAUCAUAGGAAAAAGAAAUUUGGAAUAACUCGAGAAAGAGUACCAUUUGUGUUGACAAUGGACUUUAUAAGAGUGAUCGCUAGAGGAUCAGACCAACCACUCAAGCACAAAGAAUUUAAAAAAUUUCAGCAGCUGUGCUGUGAAGCCUAUUUAAUUAUCCGUAAAAAUGCAUAUUUAUUCAUAAAUCUUAUGACAAUGAUGUUGUCGUGUGGUAUUCCAGAGUUACAAUCUCUGGAUGAUAUUAGUUACCUACGAAAAACAUUAGCGGUGGAAGAGAAAGAUGAUGAAAAAGCCUUAAAAUAUUUCAUAGCAAAGUUCAAUAGUGCUUAUUCCGAUGCCUGGACGGUCAAAACUGAUUGGUUGUUCCAUUAUAUGAAAAACAGAUGAGCCAAUGACAGAAGAGUUUAGAGGAAACGUGCAAUAGAAAAGAGUCUAUAAAUAGACACCACACCAAGGAACUUUGUUGAGCGUAGAAACUGCUGUUGGAGUUAGAAUUCUUCACAUUUCUAUAACAACGAUUUCUCAGCUGAUGGUUGUACUCAAAUAGAAAAUACUGUGCAUACAUACAAGGGACCAUAAAUGUUGAUAUGAUUAUACUUUUGUUUAAGAUGUUUUUCAUGAGAAAAAGUGCUCCUUUUUUGACAGAAAGGAUAUUUGCCUAUGUUUCCAUAUUGUCUAAAAUCCUUAAUUAUUAUUCUUUUUUAAUCAAGUUUGAUGAAAUCAUAUUUUUGCCCAUUUAAGUUGUCAAUUUCUGUUAUGUGAAAAUUUUCAGUGAAAAAUUAAACAAUAAGGGGAAGCACAAGAGCAAGUCGUAAAAACAGAAAAAAGUAUGUUUUAUGUCAAUUUGUCUUAGAUAAAAACAAGCUGCUUAAGUGAUAUUAUUACAUUUUAUCAUUGUUCCUUCCAGGCCUUUUUAUUAAGUAUUUUUGUUCCACAGUGCUUUUUUCUUCUACCUCAGUGGGAUAUUAUUAGUUACACAGUGUGCUAGUGACCUAAUACGAUAUAUAUGGGGUCAGUAAAUUCCAUAUGGGGUUCGAGCGAAGAAGUUUUAUAAAGGGACUUAACACCACUACUAAAUGUGUACUAAAAUAAACCAUGCCUACUAACCCCAUGUGAAAUAUACAGGGUCCCCAUGCGGUUGUUCUUAACCAAUGAUUUUCCUAGAAAUGUAUAGGAGGUAAGAUCAUUUCUGGUACAGUACUUUUUUCCAAAUUCCAUCUACAAGUGUGUGGAGUUCUUUCUGAUUCACUUUUUAAAACUUUUAUAAUAACCAAGAAAAGAAUUAUAAAUAGAGUUAACAAUUUAAAACACUAAAUACUCAAAAUAGGACCACAUGGAUGUUAUAAACUUCGGGGAGAAAUGUGGUGAAUUUUCACUGAAGAAUGUUUUCUCUUGUUUUUUUUUUUAAUAAUGAAUAGACUGUUGUUUGAGAUAUUGCAAAUAUACUGAAAAGAUGUGUAGCCCAGUUUCAGGAAAUGUGAGAAUAAUUCACCAAAUGAUUAUUUCUCCUUCCCUCAAAAAUAUGUACUCAAUUAAUAUAUAUAAUUGCUAGUAUCAUUCUCUUUAAAACUAAUGGAUUCUAAAUGAAUUCAAUGCAUACAUGUACUUUGUUUCUUUUAUAUGAUAAAAGGGAGAACAGUUUCUUAGACCAAAAAAUGGUCCAAAAUAUUUAAUGAAUCAUCUCUCCUGAAAACUAUGCUUAAAAAUCCGAGGUAGGCUUUAAAUGUAUUUACCAAUUAAAAAAGAUUUAGAUUUUGAGAAAAUAUUUAAAUCGUGUCCUGUAUGUCAAUAUGAAUUAAAUAUUUUGGCAUUAGUCAGUAAAAGGUUGGCUCUUUUGAAUUUUCAAAUUGUCCCAUCUUCACUAGCCAAGGGUUACAAUCCAGUCCCCGCCUCUCCACCCUUGGCAGAUUAAGCCAACAUUUGUGAUUACAAUGCUGUACCAUCUAACGAUAGAUAAAAGUCACACCCAUUCCGACUACGUCGUUCUUGACUAAUGGCAGCAACUCUCUUCAGUGUGGAGGUGUAAAAAUGGUUGUGUCUAGUGUUUCGUGAAGCAGGAACCGAAAAUAUACAUUGACAUUCCAACAUUUCCACUAGAAACAUACCCAGAUUGUUGAUUAAGAACUCUAAAAUUGUCACAAAAUAUCGUCCUAUGUUUUGGGGGUAAAGACUUGUUGCACAAUCAGCACAUGUUUAUUUACAUUUUCUACAUUUACACGUGAUCAUCUUAAAGGCACUUUUUUAUUGGAUGCAGCCAGUUAUAAAUGGAAAUCAUUACCUCUUGGAUCCAAAAUUCUAUAAUCUGCCAAGGGUGGAGAGGACGGGACUGGAUCGUAUCUCUUAGCUAGCGAAGAUGAAAUUGUUUAUCUAUAUCAGAAAAGGUAUUCUCAAGUACAUUUUAAUGGUUUGUGCUAUUUUUCAGCAUUAUCUCCAACACUUUUUGCUAAGGUUAUAAGCUUGCUUUACAACUGAAAUUUGGAUAAUCUUAUGUUGCCAUAAAUCAAAUAUUUUUAAGAAAAAAGAAUAGAAAUUAAUUUAUUAAAGUUUUUUUUCAAGCCAGCUACCAUUAUUAUGAUUCAGUGAUAGUAAAGUAUAAAAACAGUGUCGCUUAAAUUUUGUUGAACAAUAUGCUUUUUGAAGAAAUAAAAUCAUAACCAGUCUUUUAGUGAAUUGAUGAACAAAUUUAAGCCAUAUUGAGCAAUACGAAAAAGACUUUUUGUAUCAUAACUAAUUACAGCAUGUCCCUUGUUUAGCAUUAUAAAUGUGAUGAAAUAUUGGAAUAUAAAUAGCUGCUAUAACAUACAAUUGUGAAAAACACUGUUUUAAGAAUCAUGUGUAAAAAUUAAUGGAAUUUUGAAAGGUUGUCUUCUGGUGAACAGAUAUUUGAGGCAUUUUGGUGCUUUUUGAAACAAAUAUAUAUACUAUUGUUAAAUGUUUGAUAUAAAUAUACACAAAUUUAAUAUUUUUUAAAGUAAUGUUGUUAAAUUUCUGAAUGUUUUUAUAUUCUUGGCUUCAAUUAAUGUUUUAGAAAUUCUAAAUUUCUAUUUAAAUGUCCUACCUGUGGAAAUCGGGCAUUUUAUGUUUGUCUCACCUAUGAUCAAGAUUGUCGUCCAUGUAACCUUUUAUAGAUGUUUAAUAUGUUUUUGCAUUAGCAUCCCUGCAUUUCCUUUUAGGAUUAUGUGAUGCUCUCUACCCCCUUUUUAUACUUCACUUUUUUGUCCUGAUAUGUAUGUAAUAUUUGCCACUGGAUGUAAAACACCAAUCCAUCCAUUCACACAUUCUUCAGUGACUUUGAAAGUUUCACAUAAAUAUGAUAAAUCCUUUGGUCAAGAUAUCAAAUGAUGAUUAUAUUUGUUUAUAGGUUAUGAAAACUUUCUAUAACAAAUUGUUCAAAACCUUUUUGACCUGCAACUUUUUUAAAGGAAAGAUUGUGUCAGACUUAGAUCUUCUUUUAUUUGAAUACAUCAUCAUAGCUAGAAAAUUGCAAAAAUAAGUUGCAGAAAAGGAGACCCUUUAACACGGAAACAAGUAUCUACAGAGGUAAAUUGUUUUACAGUAUCUGAAAUCAUAGUGUUAGUGUACUUUGUUGUAACUUGCAAAUUAUGGGAUAUCCCAUGCAAAUUUGUUUUCCCAGAAUAGUUUCAUGGGUAUUCUUGGUAAAUGUUAGCUUUUUUAAAAAUUGAAUUCAAAAUUUAUACUCAGCUAUGUAUAUAGGUACAAGAGAACCAUUUUCAAAAUCAGAUACUCUACCAUAUUUCUAAUAUAGUCACUUAAUGUAAAUGCUGGUUCAUUUAUGCAGCAAAGUUUUGUAGAAUUUGAUACAUUUUUGCAACACAUUAAUAUGGCUCUCUCUAAGUGUCAGAAUAACCUGUCAUAACAUUAAGACAUUCAUCUCCACUGCAGAUUUUCUACUGUUGUAUUCUCAGGUUGUUUAAUUUGUGUUACAUUUCUGACAUUCAAAUAAGUAAUGAAAUACAUCUUCAUUGUUAUUGUAAAAUGAAUGUUAAGAAUAUUAUUGUUGAUAUACAUGUAUUUAUAUUUCUCAUAGAUUUGUAUGAUAACCACACAUUUUAUACAUAAAAAAUACAAACAUUUC